AAAAUAUAAUUUGUAGGUUUGUCACUGAAAUUAAGGAAUCAGCACAUUAAUGACAAUGCUUGGCUUCAUAGCGGUGCUGUUAUUCAGGGUUCUUUGCAUAUUUUGCGAGCCUCUCCAAUGACUACAUUGUUACGGGGACUACGGAGUUAGGAUGCCAAUGGGUAUGUUUAUACUUUUGACACUAGCUUCUACGAGCCCCAUCUUCAGUCCUUAGCUCCUUGUACUUAAUGACAGUGCUGUACUCUUGCCUAUGCUCUAGAGUACAACAUGGAUGUCUAUGGAGGAUACCACUGGAGCAUCCAAAGACAUCAAUGUUGUAACUCAUACCCACAGCCGUUCCUAACAAAGGCUGAGUGAAUUUACCAAACUUUAACGACAUUUGUUCAAUGGACACUAGAACAACUACAGCUUAAUUUAGUUGCUCUGGUGUCUUCUGCCUGUGUCUCCUGGCCUUUUAAUGUAAACACUGCCUUUUACUUGAAAAGGCAGUGUUUACAUUACGGCCUAGGAACACCUCUGGUGACAGUCACUCAGACAACCACUAGAGGAGCUUCAUGGGUCAGUGCUGCUCAAUCUAUGGUGUUGCUAAAUGCUCCCCAUAGAGUUGCAUUGAUUCAAUGCAUCUCUGAAGAGAUGCUGAUUGGCACAGUACUGUUUUGAUGUGCAUGUGCAUGUGCGAUAGCCUCUAAUGCUCUUCUAUGGGAAAACAUUGGAUUGGCUGAGAUCUCAAGUUUGAUCUCAACCAAAGGUUGAAGAGCCAGAAUCGAGGAGAUCCGCACGGCACUGGAAAAAAGUUAGUAAAAUCACCUUUUUAACAGGGGACAAAGUGGGAUGGCCACCUAAGCGACUGUUUAGACCUAUAGUGUCAGGGAUACAUAUUUGUAUUCCUCACACUGUAGUUUUCCUGUAAGCUUUGAUAUCUUGAGGCUUUACCAUAAGACAAAGUAGUUGUACUUUGACUUAUAUAAUUUGACUGUGCUGGAAUUUAAGGGGAAUUCUAACAGUCUUUAUGAGUAUAUCAUAAAUAUUGUAUCUUUAUGAAUUCUUCGUUUUGUUUUAGUGAUUAGAGAGCUGCUUUAAGGUGUUGGUUUCAUGCUUUGUUUAACUCUCAGACUCAUAGACUGUCUUUCAAACUUGUGCAGAAAAAGGGUUCCCCUCCUGGAACUGUCACUGAGGAUCCUUACUGGCAGUGGGGAACCCAAUUGUCAAGGCUGAGUAUCCUCUGGACCGGUAGCUACUUUUUUGAGCCCAGUGUUCAUUGACUUUAAUGAAUGUGAAAGCACUUUCAUGGAUGUUGCACUGGUAAAUUACUAGUAGUUGAUGAGACCUGUUAUAUUUGUAUGGCAACAUGUUUUUUUAAAUAAUUUUCUUAACUGCAGAUUGCUGGUCAGACUCCACUGCUAUCUGAUCGACUGGAUCUGUCUGUACUGUACCAGGAAUAUGCUUCUGAUGACCAAGUAUAUCAAAGCAAGAUUAAGGUAUUUUGUACACCUUAUGCAUGGGUUUAUCCAGGAUGUAUUGUUUUUGUCUAGACACUGAAAUGAAAUUGAACCCAGGGCCUUGUUCAGUUCUUUUAUUCAUUCCCUUCCUAAUGUUAGGACCUGCACAGAAGAUACACUCACAUUCGCAGGACGCGACCAGAUGGGAACUGCUUCUACCGAGCAUUUGGGUUUUCGUAUCUAGAAGCUCUUCUAGAUGGAGGUCCUGAGCUUGAGAGGUGAGCUUAGGCAUAAAGUACAAGAGCUGAGCUGCCAUACUUUGCGAGUAAAUGAGAUGGAGUUGUAAAAUAACAAGAGAUCCACACCUAUGAUAUACAUGUAAAUUAAAUUCUAUUAUCCUUAUGUCAUUCCCACAAUUUCUUAAUUGCCCUAAUAAUUCUAUACUCUGUCUUUGAUAUGUGUUUGUGUAAUUUUUUUUCUCUCUUCCCUAAUAAGGCUCCAUUUUGCCUUGCCUAUUUUCCCCUUUUUUUAAAAAAAACAUUUUAUGUUCGGGAAAUAAAAGGUUUUUAGAGUACUUCUUUACAAACAUUGCAUUAAAUUAAAAUGUCUGUCUUCAGGUAAUAGCUGAAUGUUUGGGAUAGGAACGGGGCUAAAUUAUAAAAGAUAUAUAAUAACCAUGUUGCAUCAACCCAGUUUGAUUUGCCCAAGCUUAAAUUUUGAUCAUAUACAAAACCCCCCUUGGUCUUCUAGGUUUAAAGAGGUCUCUCUGCACAGUAAGGAUGAUCUUAUCAAACAAGGAUUCACAGAGUUUACUAUAGAAGAUUUCCACAACACGGUGAGUGCUUCCAGUGAGAUCUUGAAGUCUGCGUGAAUCCUUUUGAGAUGGUCUUUCAUUGAGAAAUGUAUUUUGAUCUGUAUGUGACACCCUGUUUCCAACACACUCACAGUUUAUGGAUCUUAUCGCUCUUGUGGAUAAGCGCCCACUGGUCUCAGAGCUUUUAGCGACAUUCAAUGAGCAGACUGUCUCGGAUUAUGUGGUGGUCUACCUCCGUCUCCUGACCUCUGGACACCUGCAGAGGGAGAAUCUAUUCUACCAGCAUUUUAUAGAGGGAGGAAGGAGUGUCAAGGAAUUUUGCCAGCAGGUAAAAUAUUAUUAAUGCCAUUUGUCUAAGUUGAAGAAUGUGUCUAAUAUGGAUGAAUAUGUAAAUACUAUAUAAGAGUGUGUAUCGAGAGAGACGUUCUGUAUGCAGACACUUUAUAUUGAAUAAAGUUUACACUUUCAUUGUUUCAAAUCCAUGUAGUUCACUAACUGCAGGCAUAAGUUUAUAACAUGUUUAAUUUGACAUUGAUAGAUACUGCAGUUUCAUUCCCAGUAAACCGCCCACCCCAUCCUUGAUCUGUCUCCAAUGCUUCUCAUAGGUAACAUUGGAGGCAUACAGUAUGUGCUCUGUCAAUAAUAUGAUACUCAUGAAGAAUCAUUAACCGCAUUAAAUGCCAUACUGGGCCUUUUUAAAUAUAUUUUUAUUUUGGAAGUCUGAUGGCCAGUAGGGGCAUUUUGGUUGGCCAAUUCCCCGCCUUCUGCAUGGUCUCUGGGAUAUGAGGCUGUCUGGUCCUUUCAUUAUAGUCACCUUCCUGGUGAGCGGGUGUUAUAGAUCAAAUUGUUCCCAUAGCGACCAAACUUUUUGGAAGGUGGUCGUGGUGUUUCGAACCUGUGCUGUCAGUUUGUCCAUUAGGUGGUUGUCUCUGAUUUUUGUCUGCACUAAUGUAAUAGGUGGGGUGUCAGGUUUAAUCCAAUUCUGCGCUAGUGCUCUUCGUGCUGCAAGGUUUAGCAUGUUUAAUAGUUCGUGUUUGUCGAGUCGGUCUGGAUAGUAGACACGUCCAUGGUUGCGGUGUUGUGUUUUUUUGCAAAAUACAGGAAUUCAUGUCUGUCACCUCUGUCCAGGACACUUUUCACUUUGGAGCAUUGCCACCACAUAUGGAUGUAUGUGCACUUGUCUCCACUUCUCCAGCAAGUGCCUGUGGGACUGAGUCCCAUGUGGUAUUGUUUGACCGGGGUGGUGUACCACUGGAAUAGUAUUUUAUACGUCUGCUCCUGCAGUGUUGUGCAUAUGGAGACUUUGGCGCAAGCUUUCCAUAUAUCUUGCCAGUCUGUUCCUUCUCACGGUGAAUAAACCUCUACUAUUUUACUUGUUGCAGCUCUGUAACGAGGUAGCCUAUCUUGCAUUCCUCUCUGCCAAAAGUUAAACAUAUUACAGCAAUGUCUUUAUAUGGUAGAUGACUAUUCAAAGCAUUUUCACAUUCAGGUUGAUUAUUCUGUGUCAGACAUAAUUUCUGCAUAGACCCUGACAUUCUAUGGUUAUGAUCAAUAACUUCAAAUUUAAGCAUGAUUGUAUUAUAAGAGAAACAUUAUUGGUGAACAAUUUAUACAUUUUCCUUAACUUGUAUAUCCAGUUGUCAAACUGUUGUAUACACGUUUUAAAAAAUAUUUUUUAAUAUCAUUGGCUUCUCUUUCUGGUUCCAGUAUAUGAUUAGAGGACCACUAGAGGCACCCAGACCACUUAAUCUCAAUAAAGUGGCCCUGUGUUUUUUUGUUUUUUGUUUUUUUUGUAAAUCUAUUUUAUUGAUGUAAUGGAGAAUGUGAGGACAAAAUGUACCAAAGUAGCAAGAAUAUUCAUUGGGACACGCAGGUCCCCAAGACAUUAACCGUAUGCAUAGCGAUGUAAAACACAAGGUCUGUAUGAUAUCAUCAGCGUGGUAUUCAGUAUGUUCAUUUCAGAUGUUAAUUCACAAUACAGUAAUAUACUGGUAUUUGCGGCACUAUUUGAGUAAGGUACUGAGUUUAUGCAUCAAAAAUCUCUACCUAUCAUAGUGUCAUGUGCGUUACUCUGGAUUCACCCUUUAGCAUCUAGUUCCCUUGAAUGCAUUAUUCUGGCGUAAGACUCCUCGUCGUAGGGUGCUGCUGUGUUCACCAUACGCGUCAGUAGGGGCAGGUUGUUAGGGCUAGGACUUGUGUAUAGAGAGUCGCGUCCCAUCGUGUGCCGCCGGUGCCCAUGCUUUUGGACAGGCUCGGAACACGAUAUGGGGCUCACAUCUCUGGUACGCCUUUGUUCCUACUUUAAGUAUCCUGGCGGCAGAUUCCUUUGUGUUGGUCCCUCUGCAAAUUCUAUUGAGCGUAACCAGAUCGAGCAGAGACGCCCCUCGUGUACACGGUGUUUCAUUCAUGCGCACCGAGGGUGACUGCCGCCGUUGCGUGGGCAUGUGUGUGUUAGGUUCCGGUAAUUUAUCAAGUUGUCUAAGGGUGCAUACUCAGAAAAAAACUGCAAUGUUUUCAUUGCACGUUUAACACACCUCUUGAGGCUGUGUUCCAACAUAGAGACAGUAACUGGUUCUCAUAGAGCAGCAUGUGAUUGUUGCAGCUUGGCAAUUUGCUGUGCUUGUAUAUUAGCCUCUCAAUUGUAUUUGCCUCUGUAUAUUAGCUUCCCUUUGAGCGUGUAUGUUUGUGUUUAUUUAACGAUCUUACUCAGCUGUAUAAUUUCAGAAUAUGAACUUUUUUUUUUUCAUGUGGUUUAUCGUUAGACAACUGUGUUGUGUGUUUUGUCUAUUUUAUGUCAUUAUACCAAUCUAUUCUUUGAGAAUCAAAUUCCAAAAUUCAGUGACUCGCUCUAUAAAUGCUGUUCUGCCUGUUGACAGAGCCAGCCAAAAAAGACGGGCAUUCCUCGCUGGCACAAGCUGUUUAAAGGGACACUCCAGGCAUCCAGACAACUUCUGCCCAUUGGAGUCGUCUAGUUGCCAACUCCCACCACCCUUAACCCUGCAAGUGUAAUUAUUGCAGUUUCUAUAAAGUGCAAUAAUUACCUUGCAGGGUUAAGUCCUCCUCCUUUAGUGGCUGUCUAUCAGACAACCACUAUAGGGAUUUCCGUGUUCUUAGAACACGAAAGUGUUUAAAACAAUGCUGGACGUCCUCACGCUAUGCAUGAGUACCUCCAGUGUCUCCGGAUUCCAUACAGGAAAGCAUUGAAAAAUGCUUUCCUAUGGGGAGGUCUAACGCGCCCGGCGAUUGUCGCGCAUAAGGUCUCCCCACGACGGCUGACUUUGGCGGGGGAGGAGCAUGGGCGGAGCCUGACCCAGUGCCGAGGGACAUCGGCGCUGGAUUCAGGUAAGUCACUGUAGGAGUUUUAACCCCUUCAGCAACAUGGGAUGGGGGGCGGGAGGGAGAGGGAUGCUGCAGUGCCAGGAAAACGGAUAUGCUUUUCUGGCACUGGAGAGUCCCUUUAGUGACCAGGUUGUGCUGGUGACAAACGGUUCUUAAAGGGACAUGCUUUAGCUUUAAAUGAGUUGCCUCACUGUGCACUCUGGAAAAAGAAGGUAAAUCUGAUUAUUCACGGUCUUUUUUUAUUUAUUUUAAUGCUUUCCACAUCCAUUCCAGGGUAAGCACUGAUCAAGCCAAUCCGUGUCUUAUCCCCAAAAAUGCUGGAAAAGUGCAUUGGGCAUGCUGACCGUUUUACACAUGUGCAGUAUAAAGAUUUCUUCACUUGCAGCAUUUAUUGGGGGGAGAAGUGAGGGUGUCUGAUCAGUGUGAUCAUUCAGAGCAGGUUCUAGUGUCGUGUUUCUCUCUCCUGCUGCUGCACAAUGAUGCCCUGUUUCUGUUAUUAGUGGGCUGGUCUGAAACUUAGAUUGUUGGGUAACGGAGGGGGAGGCUGAAGAAACUCCAUAAAGUUAUAGGCAUGCUUAAUAAAAUAUGAAUGAGUUUAUAGUAAGUUUAUAAACUUUUUUAUUACAUCAUUUUCAAAGUUUUUCUUGUUUUCUUUUGGAUCUGAUGUUUUAAAAGAAUGGGCAAUUGAUGCAUAUCCUUUUAAGGUGUUAAGAUCUGUUUAUAGGGAGGAUAGGUUCCUGAGAGAAGCUAAAGGACUAAUUUUGUACGACACUGGCAUCUAUGAAAAUAUUUUGACUGAAUUAAUGACCUUUGUGAAUUGACUAUAACUGUCAUUUAAUGCACUUUCCCAAUGUGAUACUGUACCCCUUUAAAAUUGUAAGCCCUGCUUUUAGAAUCCAUUGUGUAGAUUGAACUAAUGGUGCCACAUUGCUGAAUUAGUACAGUGCAUUUCCAAAUUCAAUUUAAAGCUAUAUUUGUUUAUGAAUUUGAAGUAAAUCAAUGCAUCUUGUUAAACAAAAUGACUCUCUUCUGCUUUGUUCCCAUUUUCUCUUCUCAUCCCUGUUCAGGAAGUAGAACCCAUGUGUAAGGAAAGCGAUCACAUCCACAUCAUUGCUCUCUCCCAGGCUUUGAACGUCUCCAUUCAAGUAGAAUAUAUGGACAGGGGGGAAGGGGGAAGCACAGUCACGCAUGUGUUCCCAGAGGGCUCUAACCCACAGGUCUUCCUGCUCUACCGACCUGGACACUAUGAUAUUCUCUACAAAUGAAAUGCUCCAUGCUUUUCUGCACGUCUUCUAUUUGACAAUUCCCACUCUUUAUUCCAAGGCCCCAAGUGCUUUCACAUCCUUGAUUUCCCCUUCAUUUGUCUGUUACGUUUUAUCCAAAUGGAGCAAAAUAAACGGUGAAACACUACAGCUUUUUGUCAGUGUAGGUGAGUGUAAGGAUGUGAGAAGAAUGUGUUUUUUUGUUGUUUUUUUUUGUGUAUUUUUUUUUUUUUUUUUUAAAUAUAACCUGAACAGUAAAACUGGAUUUUGCCUGCUGUAGCAGUUAUGGUGUCAGGAGUGCCUCCUUCAGUGUAAGUAGUCCAACCAUUUUCCCUAAUUUUGUCUUCUUACUUGUGGUCUACAGGGAGGUUCUCACACCCAGAAAUGAGUGCCGAAGGCUCCUGCUUGGAGCUUCCUUUAGCUCUCUAGAGCUAAUCCCUGCCGGAGCCCUUCCAGGUCCAGGUAAAUGGUCAAACCAUUAGGAAACUGAUUACUUGCAUUCAUAGGCAGCAGGGUACUCCUGGCACCAUAACUACUACAGACUGCUAUAGUAGCUAUUGGGCUUGGGGUGUUCCUUUAAAUAGUACGACAAGGAUUGUUUUUGUCCAUAUAAUACAUCACAUGCAUACAAGCUUUUGGCAUGAGUCAAAAGCUGUAUGAAGGAAGCAUUACAAGAAAUACCAUAAAAUGCAUAUGAUUUGGCUAUGGUACUGAAUGGAUUAUGCCGCAGAUGUUCUGCACUUGUAGCCUAAUGCAUGUGUAUUGAAGGAACACUUGAAUAUCCUCAUAAUAUCUUAAGUAUUGCAAUCAUACAGUAUAUGUAUGGCAAUCACUGCUGUCUUUUAGUUCAGUGUUUCUACAGACACGUUCAACAUUGCCGUGCUAUGUGCAAUGGUGCCAAAUGCAAAAACGUAAAAAAUAAAUAAAUAAAAAUUACAUUCAAAAAAGUUCUUUAGAAGGAAGCAGCUCUAGGGUCUGUUUGUCCCAAACGUUAACAUUGCAGCUUCUCAUUGUUUUAAACUGUCUAAGAAAAGCAACAGCAUCUAUGCACCAGAACUACUAUAUAAAGAUGUAGUGGUUUUGGUGCUUAACGUGUCCUCUUAAAGUCCAAAGAGAGGGCUGAACUUCACAUGGGAACAUUUUUUUUUUAUUUAAUCACAUUAUGAAUCAUACUACAGUGUUUGACAUUAUUUGGCCCCUAAAAACUUUAUGCCAUUUUUUUCAUUGUCCGUGCUAUACAGUUUUACUUUUUAGUCGAUAUGCAGAAAAAUAAAAUACAUGUUUUCUUGGGUGGUGAGGGGUGGGGUUGCAAAAUCUGCAGCCCUCUCUCUUAUCCCAAGUCUGCCCUGGUAUACUGAGCAAGAUAUUUAUCAAAAAAACUAACUUUGUAGUUUAAAUGAUUAAAAAAAAGUAUGUGUGUGUGUGCACAUGUACAUAUACACGCAUGUACGUGUAGCAGUGGGACUGUAACUGUAUGGGUAGUGGUGAUGGGGUGUAACUUGGGUCAUGCACACUGUUACACCUCGUGACUGUCAUUCAGAAAACAAAUCUUUGUUUCCUGGUUGUUUAGCUCUGUGGAACUAAAAACAAGACUCUGGCAUUUGCCCAGGGCUCCUGCCUUGCAAAUACUUCUCAUUGAGUUGUAUUGUGAUUGGCCAACCACAAAGUCUGGGAUGGGUUAGCGUAUGGCUUGCAAAGGCUGCAGACAAGAGAGAUGGUUUUUAAAUAUACACCAAAUGAAAAAAAUGCAUAAAAACCCACAGUGUAAACUCAUUCACAUGUGAAUAAAAUACACUUCCCUCAAAAGAAACGAAUACUCCCAAGUACUGGUAUUGACUGUCCCUGAGGAAGUAUUUCUGAAGAAAUGUGUAGGACUUGAGUUUCUCAUUGUAUGCGUUCUCUUUUUGACUGAUUCUUCUCUACUGUCCCCGGCUGGAAACGGAGGAAGGAAGGAGUGACCAGGGAGGAGAUUUGAGACGUAUUUAUAUUUAUCAAAUUUCUUGUAAGUGCAGUUGUAAUAAAAAGAUUUUUUUUACAUUUGUAGUGGAUUUCACUUGCUAUGGCUACAUUUGUUUUCCCUUUUAAUUUAUUUAUUUUUAAACAUGAGUUGGCCUGAAAGGUGCUGCCAUUAAGUUCUGAAGACACAUGGAAUACAUGGCGAUGUGCCUUCUAAUUUUAAAUUUCUGUAUGUACAAGUGAUGCAGGC